AUGAUAACUAUUACAAACAACAAGGGAAGGUUGUCGACAGCUGAGAUUGAGAGGUUGAUUCUAGAGGCUGAGAAUUACAAGGAAGAGGAUGAAGAACACAAGAAGAAAGUAGAGUCAAGGAACUCAUUUGAGAAUUACACAUACAGCAUAAGGAAUACGAUCAAUAAGUUUGGAUGGAAGCUGGCAUUGGAUGACAAGAAGAAGAUCGAGGAUGCAGUCAAAAGUACCAUUCAUUGGUUGGAUGAGCAUGAACUAGCUGAUGUAGACGAUGUUAACGACAAGAGGGAGGAGUUGGAAAAUUUAUGCAACGGUGUCAUAGCUAAGAUUUACCAGCAAGGUGGUUCUGCACCCAAAAUCGAAGAAGUCGAGUAG